AAUAAUCCAGGAACAAUGUCGAAUUUCGAUGAUGAUAAUCCAUUUAGUGACCCAACCAUAGACAACCCUUUUGCUGAUCCUUCAGUUCAGCAAGUGGCCAAGAGUACAAACAGUGCAACGAGUCGCUUAGAUGACUACAAUCCGUUCGACGGGCAGCAAAAUGUUAAUCAAACGGCCCCACAGCAACCCUCUCAGCCUGCAAUCAUGCAAGCAGUGUCACCACCAGCUGCUGGACAACUACCUUCACAACCCCAACAAUCACAGGCUCCUCCACAGAACUUCACCACUGCAGAUUUUCAGGAGCUAAAGAGGCGACAAGAGGAGUUAGAACGUAAAGCGGAGGAACUAGCGCGACGCGAAGCCGAGCUCCGCGCGGGCUCCGCCGGUCGUCGCAACAACUGGCCACCGCUACCCGCCAUCUGCCCCAUCCAGCCCUGCUUCUACCAGGACAUUAACGUCGACAUCCCUUUGGAAUUCCAGAGGAUCGUUCGCUACCUUUAUCAUUUGUGGAUGUUCCACGCUCUCCUCUUGGCGGUUAACAUGAUUGGUGGAUUGACCCUCUUGAUCGUAGACAAUCAUUACAGUACGUUUGGUCUGUCCAUUCUCUACUUCCUCCUGUUAACUCCGUUCAGUUUCGUCUGUUGGUACCGACCGAUCUAUAAGGCGUUCCGGAGUGACUCCAGUUUCAACUUUAUGGUGUUCUUCUUUAUAUUCCUUUUCCAAAUCAUUAUCACAAUCGUUCAGGCGAUAGGUAUCCCCGGUGGAGGAUUCUGCGGACUGAUAACGAGCAUCAAGACGUUUAACGUGAACAUUGCUGCGGGCAUAAUCACGUUAUUUAUCGCAAUCGGCUUCAUCGUUGCCGCCGUCGCUGAAGUACUACUUAUUACUAAGGUGCAUCGCAUCUACCGAUCUACAGGCGCGUCCAUGGCCAAGGCGCAGGCGGAGUUCACGACGGAGAUUCUGCGCAACCAGCACGUGCAGACGGCUGCCUCUUCCGCCGCCGCUGCCGCUGUCAACGCGCAGAUUGCCAACGCUACCACCAACCGGUACUAGGCGAGUAAUUUAGUCCAGAGUAAAAAGCAAGCAAAUGAGUACGCAUCAGGAAGUACACAAUUCGUCAAUCGAGAUACUUGUAAGCUUUUUCUGAUUAUAAAAUCUAUUCAGAUUUCGUAUAUUUUCCCUAACAUCCUACUUGUGGUUGGCAGUUUUCCUUAAGUGUAUUCUACCUCAAGAGCAUGUUUAAUUUUUUUUUUAAAUCUUGAGGUAUUUCUUUGUACGUAAGUUUUUAAGUUUGAUCACUGGUUCUCUAUAUUACAAACUUAACAUCUUUAAGCUGGUUUCAGAUAUACAGGUUGUAACAAAAAGAUGGUUGCAUAAAUCAGCUGGUGAUUGUACUCGUUAUAACUAAGCAGCCUUAGCGGAAAACUGAUUUAAAUUCGCAAAUCAUAAUUUUGGUUACCUAUACAAAAUGUCUAUGUUGUAAAUAUUUAUAGGAUUUGUCUUUUCUUUUUUUUGCUGAAGUUAGUUACGUGACUAAGAUGACCAACUAAAAUACGAACGCACCUUUUUGUUACUAUACGAAGCAUAAUGUAAGCUGUUUCCCCCCCAAAAAAAAAGGUUUUUAAGUUGCGAAUCAUAGUAUUACUAUACCUCAUCUGUGUAGGUAACAUAAAGACAAGAGAAGCGGAAUGCCAUAGUCACGAAUUACGCACUAAGGUGUACGACAUUGUACACCUUACCGCUUAGAAGGUCUUUUAUAAGGUCAAAAACGGUUGCGAAAUGACUUGUAGUCUAACGAUACCCGCAACAUUAUGUUUUUUCAAACAAAAGUAAUUGAUAUUCGUUACGGACAAUAAUUAUGAAACCAGUCUACUUUCAUACAAUUCAUUCGUGAAUGAACUUUCAUCUACUGGGCCUACAUUUAAUAUAAACUAUAGACUUUUGCGUUAAGUAUGCAGUAGGUAACUUCAAAUCAUUGUAAUUAAAGCCUUGAAGAUUGGUUACAGUUCACGUUUUAAUAAAAUCAUAUGAUUGGUCCGUUUGAAUUUCCUACAGCAUUCUAGACGCGAAUGAACUACUCGUAUAAAAGUUCUAUGCUCAGAAAAAUUUCGUUCAAUUAUUAUUUUUACAUUUCAAUUAUAAAUGUCUGCAAUUACUUAAAUGACAUACAUACUUACUUAAAAUGUAUCAUGGACGGUACGUUAAGUUGACGAGGUUGAAUUAAAACUAGUGGUCUUACAUUAUCCUAUUACAUUAAUCGUAAAGUGAAACCUGGCUGUUAGACUUAUAUGACGCUUGAUAACACCAUGGUAGCAUAAUAAUAUCAUAAUUCACGGCAAGGAUCAGACGAAACGGAGGAUUGAACGUAGAAUAUUCAAAAUCUAUAUCUUUAUUUUGGGAAAAAACCUCCAUCUUAUACUUAUGAAGAGAGUACAAAAAAAUCGAAGAAGUUCGUUAGGAAUAUGUUACCUAAAGAGAAAUGUUAUUUCUAUUAUUAUUUCAGUUUCUACACUAUUUCUAUGAAUGGAGAAAAUGUGACAAAUUCUCUUAGCAGUUGCAUAAUUUAAAAGAACUAUAUUUCAACUUAUAACACGAACGUCAAAGUAAAAGUCCAUCGUAGCGCCAACAUUUUAAGACCCAGAACAUUUUAACAGCCAGAUUUCAUGUUGUGAUUGAAUAUUGACGUAAAAAUUAGUUACGGCCAAAUGUCAUGAGGCUGUGUAAUAUAUUGUUCGUAAUUUUAAUAACUAUUAUUAUAAUUAUUAAUUUUUGCAGAGAAUAAGUUAUUAACGUCACAAGGUGGUAACUUACUUAAUAUCAUUGUCUUAGUUUACCUUUUCUUUCUUGGAUAAACAAAAAAUCACAUCUUUUGUGGCUUUUUUUCGGAUAAUCAAUUAAAAUCAAUCUAACGAGUCUGUAACUAAAUUAAAAAUUGUAAUUUUAUUCGAGCACAUUGAUUGAUUAUAAUAUUCUGCGACAGUAUCUUCAUCAUCAUCAUCAUCAAGCUGACCCAAUGCGGUUAAGGACUUUACAUGUUUUACGAGAGUUGUGUUGUGAACCUUUUUGGACGUGCCGGUUUCAACACGAUGUUUUCCUUCAUCGAACUGUCGACACUGCUUAAUGUUAAUUCAUAAUGGUUGGUCAGACCGUUGUUGAGAUAAAUUAUUAAGAAUAUAAUUAAAGACAAUAAAUCAUUUUGCAGCAUUUCAAAUAUCUAAUUUCUAUAACACAACAGGAGCAUUGAGGGUCAAAAAGUAAUUUGUCAGUCAAUUUAACUCGUCAAACGACGUCCUUUUUGAUUGGUGUCUUUAACCAGGUUGAGAUUUAAAUAAUUAGAUCGUAAUUUAUUAACUGAUAUCCGCUUAUGCAUGUUUAGUACAUGAAGCUUUAAUAGGUCCUUUUUGAAGCAACUCUUUCAAAAAGGACCUAUUUCAAAAUAACAGCUAUUUCUUACUAAGUGCGUGAGACUUGUUUUUUUUUCGCGACAUCAGAGGAGUCUCCAUAGCAAACGUUUGGUUAAUAUACUGAACAUGUCCUUCAAAGGAUACCUACAAUUUAAGCCCUUAUAAGGGUAGUAUACACACCAAUACUACAACUUUAUUAUGGGGAUCACUCUUGAAUCGUUAAAAAAAAAGCAUUUGUUCCGUGCAUUUGGGUCGAGUAGGUGUAAACAUUUAGUUACAAAAUGUCAUAAUAUAAGGACUUUAUUUUAGAUCUCUAUAUUCUCUUUUAAUCAACAAUACUUGAUGUUUAUCAUUAAAAAGAUAGGUACAAGUCUUUUGCUAC